AUGAAAGAGUGCAAUUUCAGCCAGGACAAGGACAUGAAGAAAAAAGGAAGGGGUACUUUUGAGGAGGAAGCAACAAUUGUGGAUAACAUAGAGGUCAGAAGUGUGAAACAGUUUGACAACAGAGGCCUUGCCCUGGGCCUCAUCAUGGGAAAGAGAGACAAUAGAUAUGCAUUCAUGAACCCCAUUGCCAUGGCCCGAGCAAAAGGCUCAUCGGGACCCUCUGGCCCCACGAUCAGGGAUUAUCUCUCUCGUCAACGACCAACUUGGGAGGAGGUGAAGAAACUUCUUGAGAAGAAGAAAGAAGGCUGUAGCACAUUGGCUGCAUGGGAGGAAAAAAUGAACGAGAAACACCGUGAGGAGCUUCGCAAGCAAAGAGAACUCCUCCUUGGUGGUCAGAAUCAAAGCUGUGAAAGCAAAGAGCCUAAUUCAAAGGAGAAGAAGAAAAAAAAGAAAAAAAGGAAGAAGAAGAAAAAGAAGAAGGAUCAUGACAGUGAAAGUGACUGUGAUUCAAGCUCUGAUGAAGAGCAAUCAUCCCGAAAGCGUAAACUUUGUGACGUGGACAUUAUGAUGGGUAUUGAAAGAAAGAAUUGGAGGGACAACAUAUCAUACAGCCAAGGUGAAGGCUCUUCAGAAGAAUCAGCAACUGUCUUCCAUGUCCCCAAGUCUAACACUGAGUUUCUCAAGGUUUUACUGCGACUUCACCAUCCUUCUUUCAUCCAUCAUCUGGAGCAUUGGAAGGCUGGAGAUGAAAUCUGUAUUGCAACAGAAGAAGUCUCUGGCCUGAACCCUGCCAACAUUGCACAUCCCUUUCUCAUUGUGUCUGGUCUGGCCUCCAUCCUGGAAGCAUUGAACUUCCUGCAUACCAAGGCUAACCAGUCACAUGGAAGCUUACAAGAUGAUGCCAUUUUCAUAUCCAAGAAAGAUGGGAAGUGGAAAUUGUUGCUAGAAGGGGUUAGGAAAUCAUCACAAGAAGAGAUGCUGAAGGAUCUUCUCUCAUUUUCUGCUCUUGCUGUGGAUCUGCUCUCACCACACACUGAGAGCAUUCCAGAAGCCCAGGAUUUCAUUGAGGUGGUGUCAGAAAGUGAGACCCCUGUGUCAAUAAAGGUGCUCCAGGCACAUCCUGUCUUCCACAUUGACUACAUGCAGGUCCUCUCCUUUCUCUCCUUGUUCACUCUUAAGUCUUCUGAAGAAAGGGAGCUGUUCUUCAGGGAACUGGGAGAAAAGCUGUACAGAUUUCCAGAGGAAGUAAUAGGUCUCCAGUUGUCAGGGCUCCUUACAUCUCGCAUCCUCCUUUUGGACUCUUCAGCCCAUUCCCUCUUCCUUCCAUUCCUCCUUGCAGCUCGACCAAGUGAACAAAAGGAGGCCUGGUGUGGAGAGACACCACAGAAUGCCAUUUUUGGGCCCAGAUCCUUUCAGAAAUAUAUGAUUCCUCAUAUAUCCAAAGCAUACAUGGUGCUUGAUGCACCCAUUCGCAUUGUUCUCCUUCAGAAUCUCCCCCUCUAUCUUCAUGCUAUUUCCAAGGAUGUCUUACAAGAGUCUCUACUACCUCAGAUUUUGAUGGGGAUUCAUGACACUAAUGAUGAACUUGUGGCAGUCACAUUGAGGGCAUUGGCUGAUCUCAUCCCAUAUUUGGGUGCUUCAACUGUCAUUGGGCCAAAGAGGAAGACUUUGUUCUCAAAUGCACUACCAAAGAUGGGAAACAAGUCUCUGAAUGUGGAGGCAAUUCAGGAAGGACGAAGUUCGCCUGAUGGAGGUGAAGUCCAAAACAGUCCAUGUGUUGGACUUAUUGAUAAUCAUGUGGAGGACAUCACCACAUCCAUGCCUCUUUCUCUGAACAAAGGGAAGUCUCUUCGUUUGUCUACUCCAUCUGGGAAUGGAAGAGAUGAAAGUGCCACAGAUGCAACCACAUGGGAAAAUUGGGAAUCGCUUGCACCUGAAACUCCACCAGUUGUACCUGUGCAACCCCCUUCAAAGCUUAGUCCUAAACCUUCACUACCUAUGACAACAAGAGUAAGAACAAAGACACCUAUACUUUCAAAUAUAGAUGACGAUAUCAUCUCAUAUGACAUCAAGACGAUGGAUUGGAGGACAAAGGAAGAAGAGGAGGAUUUCUUCAGUGACAUGCAGCCAAACUUGUCCACUAAGAGAUCAUCAUCUGUGUCAAUCUCAUCAGUGUCAGAUGCACAUGGCAUGUCAUUGUCAUCUUCAGGGCCAGAUGUGGAUUUGAAGAGCAUUGAGGUGAAGUUGCGCAUGAUGGAUGAACAGGCAGAUGUGAGCGAGGAGAAAAAAAGGAUGCCUCAGCUGGACUCCAUUGUGUUGAGUUAUGAAAACAGUCUCCUUCGAGAAUCAGACCUUCAGCUGCUUGAGGGGAAGAACUGGCUCAAUGACAAGCUCAUUGGGUUCUACUUUGAAUAUCUUUAUGUCCAGGUUCUCAAGGAAAACCCCAAAGUGUGCUUCUUGAGCCCUGAAGUCACCCAGGCAGUGAAGCUUUGUUCUGUAUCUGAACUCCACAUAUUUCUGGAUCCAUUAGAAUUGCAUUUGAAGGAUAUAGUAUUCCUUCCUGUGAAUGACUCCUUGAGUUAUGACACUCCUGGGGGUUCCCACUGGUCCUUGCUUGUCUUCUCCCGAGCAAAGAAUGCUUUCUGUCACUUUGACUCAUCUAGUUCAUCAAAUCGAUCACAUGUGAACAGACUUACCAAAAAGAUAGAACCAUUUUUUAAAGUGGAAGGUGAUAUCAAAGUGGUUGACAUGAAAUGCACACAGCAGAAUAACACUUAUGACUGUGGAGUGCAUGUGAUCUGCAAUGCAGAAGCCCUAGUGAAGACUUGCAUCCAGGGCAAUAACCCCACUGCCAUUGAGAUAUGCAGCAUUGCACACGACUUGCAAGAAAAACGAAGCCAGCUGAAGGAACUUAUCAUCAGCCUCCAGAGGUUUUACCUCAAGACAAAUAUGGCCACCUAG